CAAAGAAGAAGACGAGGCGGAAAUUACAAGGAAAAGCAGAAUAAAUCUAACAAACUGUCCACGAAGAACCUGAUGAUGACUUUCGAUAGGAAUUAUCACCGGGUUAAUGUUUUACUUUGACGUUCACAAUGAUUUCCGUAAGCUACAUCCUUUUGUGUGGACAGUUUCUACUGUUAGUGACGGUCAUUCUUUUGCAAUGUUUGGAAGGGAUCCACUCUCAAAACUCGUCGAGCGCUGAUGCUUCCACCGGCGGUCCUGCCUCGACCGUGACUCCCUUCAGCGAGCAGACUCCCGAAGUAUUGAAAUAUGAAGUUCCAAUAGGAAGUACGAAUUACACAGACGCCUUUGAGUACAAAGCUUUGUCAGCAGUCGUCCUCUGCGGCUAUUUACCAGAGGAGUUCAUCUACUGUCAAGACCCUGUAGAUCAUGCUGGAAAUCAUAGCGCUUUUUUGGAGAUGGGUCAUGGCUGUGUUGGGUGGGGAGGCCAGACUCAGAAAGAAGUGAACCACACACCAGUUGUCUGCACUGCACUUGAUGAUAUUGAGUGUGCUGGGCCUAGAGAAUUCCUCAGGGGGAAUGUACCUUGCAUCAAAUAUACUGGGCACUAUUUUAUCACCACUCUGCUGUAUUCAUUCUUCCUUGGAUGUUUCGGGGUCGAUCGUUUCUGCCUUGGACAUACAGGGACAGCGGUGGGAAAGUUGCUCACACUAGGAGGCCUGGGAAUAUGGUGGUUUGUGGACUUGAUCCUGCUUAUUACUGGUGGCUUGAUGCCUAGUGAUUACAGCAACUGGUGCAACUACUACUGACCAGGAAAGCAAGGCCAAAUUGGGACACUUCUUAGUUUGAUGUAACUCCAAAGACAAUGUCCCUGCAAAGCCUCAAGGUUCCCAGAGACUGCUGCCAAAUAUUGCGUUUAUUCCAAUGUACGUGUUGUUUCCAUGUUGAAGAAAACUAAAAUCUGAUUGUACUUGCAGCUGUCACCUGAAAAAAAACACAAUACAAUGUUAGUACUUUAUAAAAUGACUUCAUAAUUAUAUAUGUUUUUGUUUUGUUCAGUCAACAUACAAAUGUAACUCUGGUCCUCUGUGUUUGUUACAAAUACAGUUAGUGAACAUGGUACAA